AUGGAAAUGAAUAUUACUCUUCCUUCUUUUUCCUCUGACGAAUCAGAAGGCGAAACUGAAGUAAAGUCAAAAAUUAUUCAACAAAAACGCCCAAAAUCUAUUUUAAAUCGCUGCAAUGAAGCAAUUCUUAAGAGACAGAUCUCCAUUUUACAAGAAAAUCCUUUCACAGAAAGUUAUGCUACCAUCAUAGGAAGACAAGAAAACUUUACCUUAAUUAUUGAAAUUAUAGAGAUGGCAAGCUGCAGCUGUGUGCCGGUUGAUGCUAGUUGGUUAACCAAACGUUUCAAUGAAUUAACGACUGAAUCAGAUCAAUUGGAAGAUUUGGAUUUCUGCCGCAAAUAUAUACUAAAAUAUGCACAAGCUGCUGAAUAUGAAGCCCAACUUAAAUUAAAUAAUGACAAACUUAUCUCACGCCAACUUCUUAACAUUCGAUUGAAGGUUGAUGAAAAGGAUAACUCGAAUUCACUUAGAAAACGUGGUCUGCCACCACCUAGAAAAAGGGCACGGACUGUUGAAUCUUCUGAGAAUCGAGUUCAGUCUGAUGAUGAAUUUGAUCCAUAUUUGAAACGGACAGAAGAGAUUGAAGAUAUUUUUGCGAAGCAGCCUUCACCAGUUCCUGAACCGGCUCCAGAAGUUACUAUUAUUGACUCAAACGAUGAUGAUGAAUAUAAUGGAAUCAAACAAAAACCUAAUGAGCCAACUAGACGACAACAAAUCAUACAAAGAAUCUCGGGUGAUACUUACGAUACUGUGCCUCCAAACUACGUUUUUGAAACUCGAGGAAGGAUUAGACAAAGAAUCAAGCAACCCAAAAUUAAACAUCCAAAACCAACUGCCGUAAAGAGUCGAAUUCGUUUGGAACCCGUUCAAAAACCCAAAAAUAUUCGUGAAAAUACUUUUUCAUGUUUGGAAGAGACUUUAAGCUCUUCGGCUUCUGAGAUUGAGGACAGUGAACUUGAAGAUACUUCUCCAAGCAGUAGUAAUCAAUCUAGUAUUCAAAUAUGUUCCAGUUCAUCGAGUAGUAUUCAAUUUAUUAAAAUAAAAAAAAGUUCAUCGCUAAGAUCAACAUUGAGAUCAAAAAAUGGAAUUAGAUGCGAAAAGAGCGUUCAUUAUACUGAAGAUACAGUGUUUCCCAAUGUCUUCCAGGCUACAAGUCCAGCUUUUCUCAAGCAUAAAACUGUUACAUUAACUGGUCAAACAAAAAGAGUUUUUACAAAGACUCAUCGCAUUCUAUCAUCGAGAGAAAAUGCUCCAGUUAUCGCAAGUGGAUCCUCCACCCUUUACAAAAAAGUCCCAAGCUCUGAUUUUCCUAUAAAAAUUUCAAGGAGAGACAAUCCUCUAAUUAAAAAAGCACAAGAAAUUGCCGAUUUAAAAGAAACUAUUCGAAAAGAAUUUAUGGAGCUUUUAACGAAAUUCUUUAGUUUUAAAUAUCGUGUUUCUCGACUGUUUAUUGUUGAUUCUAUAAUGGAACCUCUAGAUGAAGAUGUUUUUAAGAAUAUGUCAAUUUUUUCUAUGGGUUAUCCACGUAUGCCAGAAUGGUUUAUAUAUGCAUUAGAUCGUUGGUGGACAGAUGGUAGCCAAAAACAUUUUUAUUUUAGUAAAGGUGAAUAGUUUAUUUUGUUAAAGUUGUUGUUUUCUCUCCAGUAUUACGUUCUCUUUUAAAAACUGAUUAGUCUGGGGAGUAGGGUUGCCAAAAUGGACCGACUCGAACCGGAAAGAUUGAGUCGGGCCUAAGGUAUUUGGCCCGAAAGUGACUCGUACCGGCCCGACUCGAUAAAAACAAGCUGGAAAAGUUGCCUCGACCGUCGGCCCGACUCGAAAACGUCAACUCCAUUGGGAAGGUUCGACACAAGAGUAAGAAGGGAACUGAGGUAGCUCAUGUUAAAUUGUGUGGGAGCGUUGCACGAAUAAUUCACUGAAAAAAAAGUCGGGGUAGAUUUCAGAUUGAAAAAAGUUCGGUUUUUG